GAUGCCCGGACGGCGUUGUUGAAGGAAAGGCCAAUCAUUGGUACCGUCCAAGGUGCCAGAGGACUCAAAUGACCUAUGAUCUCAUCAUUGAUGCUGGUGAGCUAGCUGCCCGUGGCCUCGUCAUGGACUUGAGCACCUUUCGCUGGGAUUGUCUUGGGAAAGUGGAGGAGCUGUUGCGGUUGCUGGGUGCCAUCUUACAGCUCUUACGACCCCAUGGGCGUUUGCGGCUGCGGGUGGAAGGCGAUCCCCGAGAGUUUUUGGUUGCCUUUGUCACGGCCUUUCCUGUGAACUUGAUCACAGAGAGGUCAGACGGAUGGAUGGAUUUUGCAAUUCUGGAGGCUAUCACUUCCAUGCAUUUGGAGCAAGUCCUGCAUCGAGAGGUUUACGAGGAGCGCUCUCACGAGCGCUAUGCACGACCUCUCUUUGUGGCGCUGGGCCGGGGCGGUCCUCGAGUUUUAGACGUUGGCGGCGGUAAUGGGCACAUGGCUGAGUGGUGGUCUCAACAUGGUUGUGAGGUCCACCUCCUGGAGGUGGAUGCUGCUUUGGCGCAGUCUGCCAAGGAACGCUUGGGCCAGGACCGUGUCGCCUUUCAUGACGGUGUGUCUCCAUGGCCGUAUGAAGACAGCUCAUUUGACACUUGCCUUUUGCUCUUCGUGUUGCAUCACAUUGCCGACUCCGUGGAGACAACACUCUCUGAAGCUGCAAGAGUGGCAAAGCGGGUGCUUGUCCUUGAAGAUCAACCGCGGUCAGCAAAGAGCAAGGGACUGCUGAACUUAGCUGUGCAGGUUACUGCGCAACAUUUCCGUCCCUUUGGUCAGGAUCCACAAGUGUACAUGCGGAACAUCCGGCCUGAUGCUGCGUGGCGGCAGCUCUUUGCGGGCGCUGGCUUGCAAUGCGUGCAGCAGGUUGAAAUCACCGGUACACUGCAGCAUCCUGUGCCACAUACGCUUUAUGAGCUGCACCCGGUGCCGAAAGACAUUGGCGCAGACUUCAUUCCAUUGGAGGUUUGUACAAGGUGUGAUUGGGUAGUGUGGCUAAAGUGGCUACAGGAACUUAGGUGAUAUGAUAUAUGUUUAACGUUGUUGUUUUACACUCAUUUGCGAUGUGCAUAGUGCCUCCUUGUGGCUCUUGGCUCAGAAGCAAUAGUGGACUUCCCUCUAAG